AUGCAGACGGCUUACACUCAUGAUAGCCUCAUCCAACAGGAAAUUUAUGAUCUUCAGGUCAGGUUUCAAUGGGGGAACAUACAUCGCCGACGGCGUAACAUGGUGAAUGGAACGGUCGUCAACCAGAUACCGCAACAGCUGCUACCUCUAGGCCAAGAGGUCAUCCUACCCUUGGAACGAUUACAUAUCCUGUUGCAAUCACGCCUGACCUGGAUUAAGAGCGAGAUCCCAACCGGCAGCGCUCGACGAAUUGUGACCGAGUAUCUAGCCGACACGACUAACAUAUCAUCUGAGGUACUCGGUUUCCUCGAAACAAUGGUGGCCCUUUUUGUCUACGAAAAGGACAUGCAUGAUCCAACUCCGGAUAUCCCAUCUCUCGAGGGGAAAGUUAUCUUUAUCACGGGCGGUGAGUCUGUUGAGUUCCCAUUCUUCCAACUGUCCCUUCAAUGCUCAAUAUGUAGCUUUCAAAGAGAGCAAGGCCUAUUUUCCUAUUCUUCCAUAGCUAAGGCCCAAGACUAUGAUCUCACGUCCUGCGAUAUUGAUGUCCAGCUUGAUAUCGCAAAGAGCUUUCCGGACUCGCGCAUGAGCUCUAUGCCGCCUCAUCUCCAUCAUUCUACCUUAUCUCAUGUUAGCUGCGACAUAUUCCUCCAUUCGCUUGCCUUCCCGCCACGCUGGUCUUGGCGAUAUAUCCCUUCCAUGAGGAUCACUCAGGAUGCUGUCGAUGUCAUCAAGAAAGAGAGCCCAUCUCCUCCAAAAUUACAUACAUCAUCCAACACCUGCUCACCAUCCACCCACCGUCACAAGACAAGCCCACAUCCACAGCACACGAACCCUCGCCCAACAACAACAAUCACCAGCACCGAUGGGACUAACAACCACAUAGGAACAGCAGGCCUAGGAAAAUCCACAAUCCUCGCCCUCCUAGCUCACAACCCAUCGCACAUCUACUUCUCAGGCCGCUCCCACGCCUCCGCCAAAGCCCUCAUCGAUGCCGCCGCUUCCUCCUCCUCUUCACCAGCCCCUCCACCCCUAACCUUCGUUCCCCUAGACCAAACCUCCCUCCCCUCAAUCCGCGCCGCCAUCAAGAAACACUUCACUCACACCCGCCUCGACAUCCUAAUCAACAACGCAGGCAUCAUGGCCGGCGCCCCCGGCCUCUCAGCCGACGGCUACGAGAUCCAGUUUGCUACGAAUCACCUAGGCCACGCCAUGGUUGUUCGAGAGCUACUAACGGUCCUACUACGUACCGCUGGGGGAUCUGGAUCUUCAUCUAGUGACGGCGGCGGCGGCGGCGACGACGACGAUGCCCCGGCUGACGUACGCAUCAUCAACCUCACGUCCGUCGGGUACCAAGCCCACCCGCGCGACGGCAUCUCCUUCGAGACGCUUGGAACAACACAAACUGGACCGCCGGUUCUGGGCCAAUGGAUUCGGUACGGCCAAAGCAAACUCGCAAACAUCCUCUUCACCCGCGAACUCGCCCGCCGCCACCCCUCCAUCACAACCCUCGCAAUCCACCCAGGCGUCGUCGACACAGGCCUGGUAACAAACCAAAGCCGCCUCAACCGCCUCUUCGUCUACCUCCCGCAAACGAUCAUGGGGUCCUCCGUCCUGACGCCGGAGCAGGGCUGCUGGAACCAGGUCUGGGCGGCGGCGGCGGCCAAGAAGACGGAUCUCGUGAAUGGCGGGUUUUAUAUGCCCGUCGGACACUUGGCGGAUGAUAAGCUGGAUAAGGUGGCGACGGAUGGGGAGUUGGCUGGACGGCUUUGGCGGUGGACGGAGGAUGUUUUGGAUCGGGUUGAACCGUGUAAACAGACGGUCAGAUCUUUGCUGGUAAUUCAAACCGUUCAUCAGAGAUCGGAAUACAUUUCGGGUCCAAGGUCUGGCGGCCCGGCGUCUCAAUUCCCCGGCUCCGGAGCCGGGGGUCCGGCCGGCGCUGGCCUCAUCUCAAUCGCCGGGCCGGGCAGAAGUAUGUCUCGCUCCCGCAACUGGCACCAAGAGCGUUACACCGGACGUCGAGACAAGAUAGCACAAUACCACUUUGCCAUCGAUCGAACCCUGGAUGUCCCACCUGGCGCGAGCCCUCGCCCGCCCAUCCAAUGUCACCUCACACCACCGCGUCGCCGACGCGCGACCCCAUCGUCGCUUCCAAUCAUUGGCAUUUCCCCUCUACAAGAGUCCCAACAGAUCAUACCACACCCAUCGGAUGUUCAGUGGACUACAUACCAAACUCUAGAUAGGUUUAGACGUAGCACGCCGGCCAGCCGCCGUAACUAUGGCCGCUCAUACCAUCUCUUGACUUGGUCUCGACUUCUCAACGUCACCUCAAGGGGCAUGGCAUGCAAUGCACGCCCCCUCCCAAAUUCCCAAUCUCUCAUGUUCCGCCGUUCGACAGGGUCGGCCUGUCGGCUCCAGCGGACGGAGGCUUACCCCGCCAAACGCCAAUUCCACCGCCGACAGACGCGGACCGCGCCUUGA